CCCCUCCUCCCAGGAAGGCCUCGGGGAAAGCCUGGGACAGAGGGCUUUCCUCCCCUCCCCCCCGCCCAUCCCUGCCGGCCUGUGCACAAAUGCAAAACAGCACGUGACCCCCGCCUUCCCGGUCCGGCCCGAGGAUUUUAAGGGUUUUGGUUUUUUUUAAUUUUUAAACAGUUUAUUUGAAAAAGAAACCAACCACCCCGCCGAGGCUGAGGGGGCGGUUUGCGGGACUCUGAUCCCUUGGGGCAGAGCCAGGCCCGAAGGACGAGGCCCCCGUCCCAGCCGGUGACGCUGCGCGAAAGUCACCGCCUUCCUCGGCACAAACGGGCCCGGGACCCCCUCGCUCCGCAGCUCGCGGGCCCAGAGGCAACAAAGUGAAGUGUCAACGGUAAAGACUUGACCUUCAGCCACGCCCCACGCUUCACUUCCGCCAGGCGAGAGUCUGGAUUGGUGCGCCCCCUGGGCCGUUCUUCCGGAUGGGCUGGGCUAAGGUUCCGGUCAGGCCACGUGUUACUCCGGCGCUCGCUCCAAUGAAGAGUUGCUGCCCGGCCGUCCAAUCCCGUUGCGCCGGCUGCGUCGGCCAGCCAAUCGCUAUCCUCGAAGGCAAGGCUCCCGAACGCUAUUGGGCGGCGUCUGCGUCUCGGCGCAGUAGGUCUUGGGCUGCGGCGGGGCUCGGGUCAGGCCGGCUUGGGGCCAGUGCGCGUCCCGCCGGGGUGCCGGGGCCAUGGGGCGGCGCUGGGGCCUAGCCUUGGCGGCGGGCGAGCGGGCGGGCUGCGUGGUGAGCGCUCGCGGCGCAGAGCGCCCCGGAGCCGAGGCCGAGGGUCCGUGGAGCUGCAGCGGGGUGCUGCUGAGCCGGAGCGCGGGGCUCGUGCUGUGCCACGGGGGCAUCGUGGCGCCCUUCCUGCGCGCCGGCGCCGGGGUCUUACAGCCGGGGGCCGGGCCGUCCUUCCUGGGCGCCGAGAGCUGUCGUGACGACUUGCGGCUGCACGUGCAGUGGGGGCCGGGCCGCGGGGCGGGGGCGGGGGCGCGGGCCGGGCCGCGGGGCGCCCUGUGUACGCCGCCCUGCAGCGCCCAGCCCGCGCCCCGCGCCCCGGCCCGCGCCCGCCUGCUGCUGCUCGUCUGCUGUCCGGCCUUUCGCGCCGGCUUCGCGCGCCUCUUCGGCGGCGACACGGCCGAACAGUGGCGCUUCGCGGGCAGCGGCCCCGAGCCCCCGGCUCCCCCGCAGGAGUCCGAGGACCAGGCGGGCGCGUGGGCGGACGAGGGGCCGCUGCUGGCGGCGCUCGGGUGGUUCGCGCUCUUGUGCGUCGAGGGCAGCGCGGAGGCGGCGGCGGGCCCGCGGCUGUCGGUGGCGCCUGCCGCCUCCCUGCCCAAGGGCGCCCCGCUGCUUGCCUGCGGCUCCCCGUUCGGUGCCUUCUGCCCGGACAUCUUCCUCAACAGCCUGAGCCGCGGCGUGCUCAGCAACGCGGCCGGCCCGCUGCUGCUCACGGACGCGCGCUGCCUGCCCGGCACCGAGGGGGCCGGCGUCUUCUCGGCCCGCGGCGCGCUCGUGGCGCUCGUGGCGGCGCCGCUCUGCUGGCGGGCCCGCGAGUGGGUGGGCCUGAGCCUGCUCUGCGCCGCCGACGCGCUCCUCCACGCCGCGGCCCACGCGCUGGGCCGCCUGGGCAGCCCCGCCGAGGCCCGCCUGCUGGCCUCGCUCCUGCCCCCCGAGGAGCCCCCGAGUCCCCCGCUGCUCCCGGAGCUCGGCGCCGCCUGGACCGCUGCCGUUCUGGUCGAGUGUGGGUCCGUGUGGGGCUCCGGAGUGGCGCUGGCCCCGCGCCUGGUGCUCACCUGCCGCCAUGUGGCCCCGCAUGAGGCCAAGAGGGUCCUGGUGCGGCCUGCGGCCCCCAAGAGUUCUCCGGUCUGGGGGAAAGUGGUGUUUGCCACCCAGGACACAUCUCCCUAUGACGUGGCAGUGGUGAAGCUGGAGGAGAACCUCAGGGGCAUCCCAUUUCCUGUCCUGGCCACCCACUUCCAUGAAGGAGAGGACGUGUGCGUGGUCGGCUUUGGGGCCUUUGGCCAGGCCUGCGGCCCCUCGGUGACCUCGGGGAUCCUGUCGGCUGUGGUGGAGGUGAAAGACGCGCCUGUGAUGCUGCAGACCACGUGCGCCGUGCACGGGGGGUCCAGCGGGGGGCCUCUCUUCAGCGACUUGGGGGAACUCCUGGGGAUCGUCACCAGCAACACCAGAGACAACAGCACGGGGGCCACCUACCCCCACCUGAACUUCAGCAUCCCCGUCACGGUGCUGGAGCCGGCCCUGGAGCAGUACCGGCAGACCGGGGACCUGCAGCGCUUCGGGGAGCUGGACCGGCCUGGCGAGCAGGUGAGGGUGGUGUGGCGGCUGCAGAGGGUCCCGGCCGAGCCCCCCCGGAGCAAGCUCUGACUCCCCCGCAGGAUGCGGCCAGUCUCUGUCGGCCCUCGGCCACUUGGGACCAAGGCCUGGUGGAAUGGACGCCGACUCCCAGGCACAGACCACCCUAGUCAGCGGGGGAUCCCUCCCUCCCCUCGGGCCGGGGGCAGCUGGCAGCCCUCCUGACCAGCCUGAGGGCCCUCCCGGGGCCUGCGGAGAUGCCCCUUCCUAGGGCCGGAGGGUCCGGAUGACAAUGAAGGCGGCCCCUGUUUGUCACGUGCUUUCUUCACAGCCCCACGGUGAGGUGGGGGGACUGAGGCCCAGAAGAGUGGGGUGGGAUCCGUGCGGUGGGCACUGGGCCCGGGGGGAUGGUGAGUGAAGCCGCGGAGGAGGCAGCUUAGGGGCCCAGUGCCUCCCCAGAGCCGCCGUGGUCUGCUCCCAGAAGGGGAGGGCUUGGCCCCCGAGGCCGCGGGUCCGGGCCUGCCCUGGGGACGGAGGCGUUUCAUGGCUGCCCCAGACACUUGUAUCAGUUCUGUUCUAACAGCACAAUUAAAAAUUUCUUUCCUUCA